AUGGUCGCAGAGUGGAAGGCCGAUGCCGCCCCGCCGCCCCUGCAGCUGCUCAUCCCCGAGAUGAUCUUCUUGGAGAAGACUCCCCAGAUCUUGUUCUUCACUGACUGCGCCGGCUUCAUCCGGGCCGUGCGCAGGCCGAUGAGGAAGGAGCCCUACUUGGUUCACAGCACCAUCGAGGAGCUCAUGAAAUCUCGGCAGCAGAUGGAUUGGAACUGCUACCGGGAGCUGGAGUCGGCCCUGGAGAAGGAGAAGCUCGACCGCACGGAGCGCCCGGGGGGCCUAGGCCCUGUAGGCCUGGGCCUGGAGGUGCCAAGCUCAAGGCGGCACAGCGGAGAAGAUGCCAAAGGCCACAAAGAGAAGAGAAGUACGAACGCAACUCUGAAAAAGCCCAUGGCGCCGUCCUGGAGGUUUUGGUCUGGCACCGACGGCGGCAAAAGCGGUCGUGAGCACCGCUUGCAGAGCAGUGAGGUCAAGGAUUGCUUCGACGGCAGUCGCGAGUGGCCCGCCGGAAUCAGCUUGCUGCAGGCCAGCUUCUGGACAGGCUCGGCUACCCCUCGGCCCAGCUUCAUUACAUAUCACUACAAUGCUCUCCGAACAGACGCAGCCGGAGCCGUCCACGAAAGGUUGCGCGAUAUCAUGAACAACCACUUCGAGCGCUAUACAUUUCUGGAGUCGGUGAGGGAUCGGAACAAGAUGUCUGCCGUACCCACUCAGCUCGCCCAGCAUCUCACAUACUACUGCAACUUGGAGCUUGUGUCCGGGGAGUUCAUCUUCUAUAAGGAUCGCAAGUCCCAGUUGUGGCUCGCUGACGCACGGAAUCUGAUGUUUGUGCCGAGCAUCAGCCGAUCUGGCAACGCAGCUAAGGGAGGAGGUGCACAGGAGGCUCUGCCACAGAAGAUGUUCCGCUAUCUCUCCGAGGAGGCUUUGCAAAACUUGAUGGUGGACGAGAGGGAAGGCCCGAAAUGUGAGCGGAUGUUCGAGCUGAUGAUGCAUGACUAUCAGGCAAUGAAGGAGAAGUUCGGUGUUGACAGCAUGCUGCGGAAGGUACAGCAAGAGCUGGACAUCAACGUGCCAGUCUUGGAGGGCACCAAUGUUGAGGCCCUGGGUAGGACCUUUGACAUCAAGGCGAAGCAUCUCGGAGCGACCCAGACAGCAGCGCAGAAGCGACACUACUGCGUGCCAACGCCCAAGGUCCAUUCUGAAAAGGGAAGGUGUAGAUGGUUCUCUGAAAGCACAGGAAAUCAAGUCCGAACGGCUGCUGAGAGGGUCCGCCGCCAUAACCGCUACAUGGGCCAAGUGAUUGCCAAAGGUCGGCAACGAGCCCAAAACGCGGAAGCCUUCAGUGCUUGGGAUCCGGCGCCCUCCUCUCCUGCGCCCACUACUGCACGGUCCGCACGGUCGUCCGAAUACGGCACGCCAUCUCCUUCGCCCUCCCUUCGGAGACAAGAAAGCAGGUCCAAGUCCAAGCCCAGGGUUCCUCCUGCGGAGCCCAAGCGGGUGCAGCCAAAGAUUGAGAUUGUGACCACUGCCAUCGCACAGGAGCUCCUCAUAGGUGCCGGCACGGGCGUCUGUCCAGAGGGCGAUACCAUGGACAUGAAGCGCCCGAGCAUCAGCCAACCCGGCCAAGGGCUUCGGAUGACGCGGAAAGCAGCGGUGCCAACUGCCCGAGCCGUUGUUGUUCCAGAGGGGGCCGCGGCUCAAGCCGUCUUUCUUGAGAGCGAAGCUGAUAAGCUUCGGCAACACUUGGAAGUGCUUCGGCAACAGUCGGAAGUGGAGAGUGAAAAGAAUCGGCACCAAUCGGAAGCCGAGAGCCACGCAAAAGAGACGACGCUGAACUUGGCGGUCACUGGCACUCCACGGGACAAGAAGCUUGGUUCUCGCGGCUCCAUGGCUGCGCAUACGUUCCAGACCGAUCCCAACUCCCUGAGCGGCACCGGAAGCAAAGGCGAAGAAGCCCCACCGGUGAAAUCGGCACGGGAGGAGCCCAUGAUCAUGCAAAUCAAUCAUAAGUGCAGCCUCUUGGAGUGUUCUACGGCCGGUUGCUGGCAGCUGAAGGCAGGAAACAAGUCUUCGCGCACACGCAAACGGCCAGAGACGCCUGAUUCUUCAGACUGA